GAGGAAGAAACCCACUUUGAAAUGUUGUUGUCUCAUGUCGUUAAAGAAGUGAACCUGCCGCUAUUAGACGUCUCUAAAACUCACUAACUAUGACAGACACGGUUAACAGACGGAGGUUUGAGCUUGUUAACGUAUGACUAAAGUUUCAAUGUCGCAAACUGAACAGAGACGCUAGCUCAUGUUGUUUGUGACCGUUAGCUAACUGUCACUAGCUAACAGUGAUGAUGAUGUCCUCGUCGUGGACGGAGCGCCAGGGACAGGUGGGAGACCUGAGACACCAAAGCAAAGAGGAGCUCCAAGAACUGCUCCUGCGACAGGAGAAGAUACUCUCUAACAAGAGGUUUGUACAGAAUCUUCCUGACAAAGGGAAAAAAAUAAAGGACUUCGCAGAGAAACUGCGCCUUGCCAUUGAACAUCAUGAUGAAGAGGAGAGGAGACAGGGCUUGGUGUCCGCUGCCAGGACGGAGUUACAGUCCAAGUAUCAGCAAGCUUUCACUUUGCAACGGCGUGCUAUCCCCAACACACCAGCAGACUCACACCUCAACAGGCAAAUUGAGGCUGCUGCAAGUGAUGCAGUACAGGACAGGGAGACAUUACCUGUCUCAGCUCAUGUGCUAGAAAAUAACACUUUGAAUGAGCAACAGGACCGGUUUGUCUCCAGAGCAGCUGCUGGUGAAACCAUGGAGACGGCUGCUGCUGGGACCUCUCUGAACUCUGAUGGGACAAAAGAGAAUGACCUUGUGGAGGCCUUGGAAAGGGUCAGAGUGUCUGAAACUAGUACUGGUUUCAGUAGUGAGUCCAAAGACGCAUUAAACAGCACAGCAAGAGACAAUUACUUCCUCCGAAAGCAAACACCAAAGAAGCCUCACUAUGUAACUGUCCUGGAAAAAACAGAGAAGACACCAGCUACCAGGAAGCAAAAAUUCAAACCAAAUCAGCUACCCAACAGAAGUGACAUCUCUCCAUCAGGAUCCUCGUCACCCAGCCAGUCUUCUGAAGGCUCAUCACCGCUCUCUGCUCAGGCCAGGAGGGAGCGGGACAGAAGACACCUGGAUGACAUCACUGCAGCCAAACUCCCUCCUCUCCACCACAGUCCGGCCCAGCUUCUGUCUUUGGAUGAGUCGGCCAUUCUCCUGAGGGAACAAACCAAAAAGCAGCAGGAGUUGCAGGCCAAGCUGGCAGCCCAGAAACUGUCUGAGGGAUUGAAGAUCUCUAUGGGGAGCUACACUCCUGACAGUGGCCCCAUGGCUGCCUACAGAGAGGUUCACGAUGAAGGAGCCCAGCUCUCCUCAGAGGAGGACUGAUCCUGGAAGGCUGGAGCUGGGGAAACCGGUGUGACCUUGGCCCUGAGGGAAACAAGCUUUGGACCUCGCAAUCAGGACCCAUCAAACAGGAUUUUAGCUCCAAGGACAAGAAUUCUUAAGAGAGGAAAAGAGUCUUUGCAGCAUGUGAAGGCAGAGUUGCUAUCCAGACUCAGCUCAGGAAAUUGAAUGGUGGGCAUUCAGUCAUUCAGCUCGUAUUGGGUUCAGUUGUUUCAGUGUCCUGCAGGAAUAAUAAUACCUGCUGCUGAGCGGGAGUCUAAAAUGCUAAAUUUAAAGCAUGUAGUGGAAUGUUACUCGUCACAAUACUGAGACUGAUGCUGUCAGGACUGUUUUAACCUGAGAGUAUUAUAUGUUGAGAUUUUACUAUAUUAAAAAUUAUAUGCACUUAAAGCCCAUCAGCAGGCGGAGCAGACUGUUUUGGCACAAAGGUGAUUGUUUACAACUUUGUUUAAAAAAAAAUAAACAUGAGCCUGCAGUGGUUUAUCAAAUUUUAAUUAUUGCAGAAUGUGUGACAGAGUUCAAUAAAUGCAUCUGAUUU